GUUUCAGUUUGUGGAGAUAUACACGGUCAAUUUUAUGACCUUAUGAAAUUAUUCGAGGUGGGCGGACCGCCUGCCAGUACAAAGUACCUUUUUCUUGGUGAUUAUGUUGAUAGAGGAUAUUUUAGUAUAGAGUGCGUGUUGUACCUGUGGGCGUUAAAGCUGUGUUACCCUACAACCCUUUUUCUACUUCGUGGCAACCAUGAGUGUCGACAUUUAACAGAAUACUUCACAUUUAAGCAAGAAUGUAAAAUAAAAUAUUCGGAGAGAGUAUACGAGUCAUGUAUGGAGGCGUUUGACUGUUUGCCGCUGGCGGCACUUAUGAACCAACAGUUCCUCUGCGUUCACGGCGGAUUAUCACCAGAAAUACACAAUCUAGACGACAUACGAAAGUUAGACAGAUUUAAGGAACCACCUGCUUUCGGCCCUAUGUGUGACCUAUUAUGGUCAGAUCCCCUAGAAGAUUUUGGUAAUGAAAACAACGCAGAACACUUUUCACACAACUCUGUACGAGGCUGCUCAUAUUUUUACAGCUAUGCUGCAUGUUGUGAUUUCCUACAAAAUAAUAACCUCCUGUCAAUAAUCCGAGCACACGAAGCACAAGACGCGGGGUAUAGGAUGUAUAGAAAAAGUCAAACAACAGGCUUCCCAUCAUUAAUCACAAUAUUUUCGGCACCAAAUUAUCUGGAUGUUUAUAACAAUAAGGCAGCGGUACUUAAAUACGAGAACAACGUCAUGAACAUCAGGCAAUUCAAUUUUUCGCCGCACCCGUACUGGCUACCGAACUUCAUGGACGUAUUCACGUGGUCGUUGCCUUUCGUGGGCGAAAAGGUGACCGAAAUGUUGGUGAAUGUGCUCAACAUCUGCUCAGAUGACGAGCUGGUGUCAGAUGGGGACGAUGCGUUGGAGGAAGAGAAACAGGCUAAAAUUGUUGUUAAAACAUCCGGUGCAGCAGCAAAUCUCCGGAAGGAAGUUAUACGGAACAAGAUCCGAGCUAUUGGAAAGAUGGCCAGAGUAUUUUCUGUGUUAAGAGAGGAAAGCGAAUCUGUCUUACAGCUGAAAGGACUUACACCUACAGGAGCUUUACCAUUGGGUGCACUGUCUGGAGGCAAAACGAGUCUCAAAAAUGCAUUACAAGGGUUCUCGCCGAACCAUAAAAUCACCAGCUUCGCCGAAGCGAAAGGGUUGGACGCGAUAAACGAACGCAUGCCACCAAGGAAGGACGCUCCCCCCUCCCCUGCAGAAGAAACGCCACAGGACCACAAUCACACCAAUCAGUCCAAUGCACAUUCGUGAGCUGAACUUACCGGUUAAGUACAUCACUGCAACAGCCAUCUGCAUCUUUCACACGAUGGAUCAGCUAUUUUCCAAAGCAGAGUGGCGUUCCCUUCAACGUUGUACAUCUUUACUAGAAUAUAUAAACGCAUAUUAUAUAUAUUUACAAAGACGACAGGCUCGUUGCGAAUACGUCAAACAUAUACUUAGAACAAGUAGCUGGUCUGCUUAAAUCUGUCGGAACAACUGCCAUGUCACCUCUAGGAUAGGCCUUGGAACCGGCCUUGAUUGUAUCGUACUCUCUAGGUGUCAUCUCGAUUCACUGUUUGUAUGUGCAAAAUAUGUCGCGUUUCGUCAAAUUCAUUUUACUUCAUCGAUACAUUCCAGUCCGGUUCUAAUAGAUACCAUCAUCUCGAAACCAUUUUGAAUAUAUUCUUUUGUCUAAAUACACACUGAAAAUUUUACAAAUAAUUUCCUGAAAGAUCUUUAAGACUCAGAUGCUGUAACACCUUAUCUAGUCCCAUAUACUCAUGGCUCAAGUACAGUCCAUAGCAAAGUUCGUUAAUAGAGACAACAAGUAGAUUUUUUGCCUCAUCAAUCUUAUCAAAAAUGCUUGUUGAAACUGAUGACUAGUUGGAGUGUAUUGCUGCCCGUUAGUCACUAUAAGGAGACGUACGGAGCUAUCAAAUUAUUUCCAGCAAGAUGUCGAUAGGUAUGCCCUACUUCAACGUAUUUAUCUAUUACCAAACUUUGAUAUGCACGGAAUUUUAACCAGGGCCGAAGAAGUAUUAGUUUUUGUUCAUCCAGAUCCAGAGUGUGGUGUCAAACAUGGAUAUUUGUGUUGAGUCUGCAACUAAUUAGCUGGAUCUAAAGUUGUUUAGAAAAAUACUCAUCGGAUAUAAGACUAGUGGGCUUAAAAAGGAUAUUAAACUAACUCCGAAAAAGACAUGUUUAGAAUAUAUAGUAGCUUUUAGAUGACGGUACGUUAUCUUACAUUCCAUAUCUACGAGGUGACAUGGUAGUAUGUGAACGUAAAAAUCUAAUACCAAUGAAUCUCUGUUGUCUUGUGGUGAUGUCUGGUCACUACCAAGACUUACAUGUGAAGCAUCCAGUCUCUUGUGUGGGUAAAUAAGUAGUUAGUUAUGGUCGCGAAAAGAAAAAUCGAAUCUAGAUAGCUAAAUUGUAACCUUCAAAGUAUCAGCUGCUAUUACAGUCGUCGGUCGUAUAUCCUACCCGACUUCCUGAUGAAAGUAAUACUCUCCUCAACAACGCCUUCCAAACUGUUUCAUCCUACAAUCUUCUUGUGUAUCCAACGGGCUAUAUAAGUACUACAGAACGGUCUUCAUUUGGAGUCUCUGAAAUCAAAAGCAAUAUCGGAUACCUAAAGGAAGCGUGCCUUUCAAUCAGUUCGUUGAAAAUCAAGACGGUGUACUUGUAAAUGCUGGUAUCGAAACUGUUGUGGUCUGAUUCAGGAAUCAUUUCACUAUAUAUCCAUACAUUCAAGACAGUAGUGACUUGGCUACGGGCCGCUGCAUAAGUCUCUAGCUCCCAGUCUAGCCUGGUGAUCGGCUCUUUCAAUAUUAAGUAUUCCACAAUGUCCAGGAACUAAGAACGUAGUAAAUUUAUCAUUCUGUACUAGCAGGGGCAUAUUUUUGAAACCGUACUUAUGUCGAGCAGUUGCUACUUUGAAUAUAAGAUGCAUAAUACUGUAGAUAGUCUUGAUUGACAAUGAGGUUGGUGACAUGCACAGAGCUGGCUCUUCAAGCCUCAGCAGAUAAUGAGUGAUAUGACGUGCCAUAACCUGUCGCCAAUUGUUCAUUCUUCAUCCGUCGUCGUUACGCGUUACUCAUUUUCACUGUGUGUUUUUAAUUUCAAACAAUUUAACCAACAACUAGGGUAAUCACUAAAAAAUAACUGUUUUCGUCAGAUGAAUCGAAGACAGCAUAUAAAUUAAGAAAUAUCAGAAUGAUACAGAGGAAUUGCUUAACAGACUUGGGAGUAUAUAAAGAAACCAAUCACAAUAACGAGAGUUACAGAAGAUGUUCACAAAGGUGGUGAAAAAUGAUUUCUAGAUUUCUCUGAAAUAUACAUUAAAGGUCAAAUAAAUAUUGCUGAGCGAACAUUGGAGUAGGGGAUGUAUGCGUUUUAAUACUUUCUGAAUGUCAACUACAUGGCGGUUUCAAUACUUUCUAAAGGUCACCUUUACGCUGAUUCUAAUACACGGUGAAAAUGCAGCAAACCUCCAUCGCUAUGUUGCUCAACAGAUGCCAGUAGUCAGCGUAUAGAUGCUCACUAUGUUUGAACUUCGAGAUCUGAGAACCGGCAUUUUUCUUCUACUCAUUGUUUAGCCAUUACGUUAUUAGAACAUUACGUUCGAUUGUAGGUAAGAACUUAUUGUGUAUUCUAAGUAAAGUUAACAUUUUCAGCUACCCAAACCAAUAAUUUUGUGAAGAGAUGAUGAAAUUUAGAUCAAUGUUACUCUUAGUUGUUGGUUAACAAUAUUGCUAUAAAUAUUUAAUUGCCGAGUAAUAAGUAAAAACUGUAAUUGUGAGAAAUAAGUACAUAUAUAUCUUUCUCUCUAUCUCUAUUAAAUAUUAAACAAAGUAUUUGAUUUAAUAUUAGGUGAAAAAAUUACACGUCUUUGCUACGAGUUGUACUUAUUUUUACCAUUGUACAAAUUGUGUUAAUACUAUUAAAAUUAUUAAUAUUAAUACCUCCACUUCUCGUUUGGGUAAGACGUUAAGGCUCCCUGGUACCCCUAUAUAUCUCUAUGUAAAACAUACAUCCGUAGUCCCAUCGUAAUUCAUUUAUUUUUUAUAUAAACACUAGAUUUGUCCAUGUGAAAGAUAAAAUAGCUUAAUUGGGAGAAAUGCUUUAUAUUUUUUCGGAAAAAAAUUUCUUACACAUAACAAGAACAAGAAAGAUUUAAAUGUGUCUCAUCAUUGAAGCCUUGCUCAAACUCCUUGUCUAUAUUUCUGAAAAUAAAUGAGUUGUGAUGCAAUUACGAAUGUGCAUCUUGCGGAACAAUAGAAAGAUAUACUGAGGAGCCUUAAGGAUAGAGCGUGCAUGUAUAUAAAUGUACAAAUAGGUGUUUUAUCAAGCCAGUGUUUUAUCUACACGAAAGUGCAUUAAAUAGUAAGAAUCUCGAUCACCAUCUUAGUUUUAUGCAUUGCGGUGUAAUAGUCAAGGUGGUUCACGUUUCGGUGGAAAUAUAUGGUGGUGACUAGCAAUUUAUUUUCGCUUUAUUGAAAAUUAUCCCGCGUAAAUAUGUCAUUAUUUCCCUACCAGUCCCAGUGUAUAAAAUUUACCAGUGUUUCUCACUGUGAUGUGAAUCGUCUCGUUAUUUAUUCGUUGAUCCAGAAAUAAAUCAUCGGAUUUUCACUAGCACGCCAAAUGUGAUUAGAUCCUUUUACUUCAUUCAUCUAAUCAGCCCUAAAGUCCCAUACAAUUAUCGCGAUUGUCUUGCAGGGUUUUAUGCGCCAGUUCUGAUUUUCAUAUUUUGAUGUAAAUUUAUGCAUGAUAUUUUCCUAGAUCACAUAUGGUAGCAUAGCAACAAACCUGCUUGGAAUAGUUAAUAUGUUACCACCACCCUGUAUUUGCAACGAUCGCUCGGACCACCUGUAUAAAGAUAACAUUUUCCCCAAACGUGGAGUUGUAUGAAUGAUUCUUGGGUGCCAGAGCGUUAAAUUAUAUAUCUAUUAAUCAUAUUAAAUCUGUAAAUUUACUCUAUAAUAUAUACAUAUAAUUAUGGUAUAGUUUAAUUCUUAGGUAAUAUCUCAACCAAAAAGGAACUUUAGAAGAAUAUCAAAAAUUUCAUAUGGCGUCCCUUAACUUUUAUACAAAACUGUAACAAUCUCGCUAUACUAUAUUCCUUCAAAGCUCUCCUCAUUGUUAACGAUCUACGUGCAAUCAUUUUUUUAUAAUUUGUUAGGUAUAAUGCGUGAAUGACAUUUUACGCUUGUGCAUCUUUCUGCGAAUUAUCUGUCUCUUUUUUCAAAUUUCAUAGCUGAUGUCUAUUGUAUAAACAGGCAGACAACACUUUCAACCAAAUCCCAUCUUUUCUAGCACUCAGCUCCAGAAAACAUUAACUAUGUCGGUAGUCCAAGAUCACCGCUAUAAUUUAUGGUAUAUUCGUGAAAAUUUGUUGUCAAAAACGAGUGUAGUUGUACCUAAUACCUACGGUGACAAUUUUGCUAUGCUGAUUUUACGCGAGCGUCUCUCAAAUCAACACAAUCGUUUUAUUUCGAAGGGAAUAGCAAACAUUGCAAUACGGCAAAAUAAUCCGCAUUGUACCGGGACCACAAAAUUUUUAAAAAGGCAUUUCGAAAUAUUCGUCAAGAGUACAAUGUCUGCUUUCUUAGCAUGUAGAUUUGAAAUUUCGAGAAAUUCCAUUACUAUCCAAUUAACGUUGAAAUAUAUUUAAUUUCGCUAUUACCUCAAUAAUGUGAAAAUUGGAAAAAGGAGACAGCUGACGAACGAAAGAUGUAUAUAAAGUUUAGGGCAUGUCUCAGCUCUUAAAAUUAUAUUUAGAUAUGUUAUGCUAAUCACUAACCUGAUUUAUUGUUUUUAAAGUGAUUUUUACUGUUGAAAUUGGAUAUGCUGGGCUUCAUGCACAAACCAGGAUAAGUGCAUGUAGAAAUACAACUGGAUCUUUUCCAACAUAUUCCAAUGAUAUUAUUGUCGAUCAUCUUAUAGGGACCGUAAGUUGAAGUGCAAAGGUAUGGAAUGCUUAACACAAUAGAUAAUUUCAUUGUAAGCUAGAAGCAGCCACAAAAAUCAAAUGUGGCGUUAUAUGUCCCCAGCUUUAAUGCGGGGCAUUAUUAGGCACUUUUAGGAGUAUAUAAAAAAUCAGGUCACGCGAUCCAAAUCGUGAUCGUUUUGCCGCCAUACUCAUAAAUGUCCACCAUGAUGUAAAUUAUUCAACAUAUAUUCAUAAUCAGUUGGCCGAAAUUUUUAAGAACAAAAAUAUUUUGUGAUUACAUUUUUUUAAUAAUAUAGUAGUUAUAAAAAGGUUUUCAAUUUUUAUCAAAUUAUAUAGUUACUCAAAUAUUGCUAUUUUAAAUGGGAGAACGGUCCAGUUUUGAUUAAGUAAAAAUUAGUUUCCAGUAUUGUUUUCACCAAUACUAAAGACAGUUGUCUUUCUCAGUCUAGGACCAGUCACAUUAUUAAGCACCUAAGGGAAUAUGUGAAACACUGGGUUAGCGAUAAAAAUGGCCGCCAGAUUGCACAAUAUUUGUAACCAGUGGACCGUGAAUUUUUCUUGAUUCAUUUUACUUCUUUUUUAAACACAAACAUACUUUCUGAAUACACAUUUAUCGAUUGAUCCAAUAAUUAUUGAGAUAUACAGGGUCCGGUAAAUAGUACGACAAAAAAGAUGGGGAACAUAGGCGAAACGCAGGUCUAAAACAUACCAAAAAAUGACCCUAGUAAAAGUUUCACUGUUUUUGAGGUAUUAGUUUUUUGUCUUUUUCGAAAAAUUUCCUCCUUUGAUCUAUUUGUUGUUGCUGAUUAAGCAGGUAAUGUAUCGCAGUACUUUGCAGUAGCAGUCUAAUACAUUUUUGUUUCAUUGUUGAAUACCAAAGUUGAGUGAAACAGUUUUCUAAAAUAAAAAUUACGAAGAAUAAAUUAGUUUGUCAAGUUUACCUACUUUAAUUCAUCGAAUAUGAUAUUUAAAUGCCAAACCAACAAUUUGAGAAUAUUUUGCCAAAAAAACAGCAACAAAAGAUAGAUUAAAAAAAUAGAGACAAAAAAAUUAAUAUCUCGAAAACAGUGAAACUUUUACUAGAAUGAUUUUUUUGGUAUGUUGUACAUCUGACCUUCGCCUAUCGUCCCUAUUUUUUUGUCGUACUAAUUACCGGACACCCUUUAUACUAGGGCCAUUAAUUCUUAUCAUUUUUCGAAGACAUGCGUGGUGUAGAAUGAUCCAUUUUUUGGUAGAGCUAAAACCAAUUUCGAGCAGUUACUUCCUUGAGGCAUUUUUCGCCAAAAAAUAACACUAAGCAUUUCCAAAUCUUUCUCUGACCAUAAGACUAGGCACUACAGUGAUGUGACGUGUGUACCAAUAUGUGAUUUCAAUUUUAUUCAGGAAGUUGAUAAAAUGUAUAGAAGAGUAUUUGAAAAAAUAUCACGCGAGCGGAAUCGUGGUCAUACCUUAGUGUGCGACCAAAUCGCAAAAUAUUUUCAUCAUGAUCAUACGUUUGCCUUAAAAAACCGUUUUACACACUGGCGACCAUUUUUAUAUGGCUGCCACGCGACCUCAAUUUUUAUUGUGUGACCUGAUUUUUUACUUAUUCCUAUAGGUGCCUAACAAUGUGCCACAUUUAAACUGCACAUGUGACCUUAGUGGCUGUCUGCAAGGCUAUUGAGAUAAUAUUCAUUACAUCAAAAAUGUCCUCUUGAGUGAGUGAGUAAGUACAUGAGGAUAUUUUUCCAAUCGUAACUUUUGCAUUGUGACGGUAUAUGACGGCUUACUCUUAGUACAGCGUGACAUCUCGUUGACUAUUUCCUCCCCGCAAACCGUUACGUAGUUACCAAGUACUUUAUGGUCCCUUCUGCAUAUCCAAUAUUAAAUUAUUGUUGACUGUAAGUUUGUUGAUUAUAUUAUAUAAAUAUAACUUUGUUAUAUUCUACUUUUUGCUGCCAUUCAUAUAUUUUUGUAUAGUUUAUUUGCAAUUUCAUUGUGUUUAGCUAGUCACGAUGUCACGUGGUUCGCACAAGUACAUCGUUGAAAAUUCCCAUGGAAUGAGGAUGACUUAUAAAUAGCAAUAAAUGACACUUUUUUCUAUCGACUGUCGCUAAAUGCGAGGUACGUGCAGAAUUGUGGUUAGUUGGCAUUUUCUAAAUAUAUUUUUAACUUUUUUUAUAAUUUUCUGUUGUGUGACUGAUUAUACAUAUAUAUUCGAUGUUUAAGGCCACACGUCCCUUUUUUUAGUAUUUUUCCAACUACCUGUUUGCAACAGUAUUUUAAAUCCUUUUCAUCUGAUUACUUCAUGUGUAUAGAAAUGACUAAAAUACAUCGUUUUUAUUUUUUUUUUGUCAUAAAAUGCAUUUUUUGUGCAUUUAAUUGUGGAUUUUUUCUUCGAUCGUAACUUUUUAACAAAUAUUAGUGCAGCUCUAAAAUUGUAUGUGAAUAUUCCACUUAUAUCGAUGAAUGAAACAAGUGAUUACUUUUUAUUCUUAUUGCUUUUUUAUUCGAAAAACCUCUCUAAAUGAAAGAUUUUUCGAAAAGGGAAAUUGAUAAGAACAAAAGUAAUCACUUGUUUCAAUCUUCCAUAAAAGAGGAAUAUUCACACACAAUUUCGGAGCUGUACCUUAUAUUUGUCAACAAGUUCCGAUUGAAGAAAAAUGCACAAUAAAAUGCACAAAAAUGCAUUUAUUCCAAAAAUAAAUUAAAACAUUUUUUAGUCAUAUCUAUUCACACCAUGUAAUUAUCAGACGAAAAGGAUUUAUAAUACUGCUGCAAACAGAUUGUUUGGAAAAAUCUUAAAAAAUGGACGUGCCUCCUUAAUUUUUGAUGUGUUACUUUUAUGAAUUGAUUGGAGACUAUUUUUUUGUUUCAUCAUAACAUGAAUGAUCGAGUGGUGAACGAAUUUCUUCAAAAAUGUGUUCAAAGUAAACGCAAAAUUAUUGCGAGUAUGACUCGACGAAUUACCAUACAGGUAUAACAAACCAAAAUAUCCAAAGGUGGCAGCUAACUCCAGAAAUGGUUAGUCAAAACGCGGGGAUUCGAUCGAAGUACCCAUAAUCUUAAUCGCCAUGUUUAUCUGGCCGCUAAAUGAAACCACAUGACAAUUCUGAUUGGUCACGGUUGAGGGCCGAAACGUCGUCAACAGUAAACAGCAUCUCAAACAUAUCUGGUCUUAUUUAGCAGUGAGACAAGCAUGGAGGAUUACCAGCAGAAGUUUCGAGUGUUACAUUAGUGAACUUCUACGUCUCUUUUAGUCAAUCCAGGAGUGAACGGUAUAUAUAGGAUUGAUUUAAAUCAAACAUAGUCGAAGUCGCAGAGAACGAUGUUAGUCCGAGUCAUGAAAAUCCUGAAUUCUAAUUAACAAAGAGAUGUGGCGCGUUUAUAACACAUUCGCUGUAAAUUUGCUUUUACUUUGAGGCUUUACAGAGGCUUCUGAUAGUAGAAUUACAGUUUUCUGUUGAUCAGAUGUAGCCAUAAAAUAAUGAUUCUCCAAUGUCUCUUGGGUUGAGCCCCUGAAUAUUAAUAAGCGAUUAUUUGUGAUAGCUAUCUUUCACUUUGAAUAGCUUUUUAGGUGUUUGAACUUAAUAUUAUGCUCAAUGAUGGUUUGCUUACGAAUUGGAGGGCAGUCAAGUCAUAAUGUUGAGUUCAGAUGCCGUUUAUCGAAAUAAAAACUUUUAAAAUUGUAUAAAUAUAAAACUAUCCAUAUGCCUUCAUACUUCCUAACUUAUUAUGAUAUAUUAUGUAUAAUACUGCACUGAAGGGAUGUUAGACUUUUUACUUUAGUACUAUCACUGUCACCUCGUGUGACCAUUUUAAUAUUAAUCAAGGCACUAAACGUGCCACAAUACGGAUUCUCAGUUAGUUAAUAUUGCUAUGUUUCCUUGCUUUUUUAUACUAUUUGUUAUUGUAAUCAACUGAAAAAUCUCUACAUAUAUUUUUAUAAUCUUUGUUGAUGAUACUAUUUGAAUUUUACUCGACGUGUUUCGACUGAGUGUCCGUGCUGUGGUGUAGCUUUGGUGUUUACAUUUAGAAUUAGCUGAAUGUUUUUGAGAUAAUUUAAAAAUACAUUAUAAUUAUAUACAUAUUAAAAGAUGAGUUGAUAUAAUUCAUAUCAAUCGAAAUGUGCAAUUUAAGAUGGAAAAACUUCUAAAGUUAUGCAUGUUAUAUUUGACAGUUGUUUAUCUGUGAUCGCCUUGCGUUACUGAAUUUGUAUUUUACCUCUUCUGUCGAAUUGUAUAUGUUGAUUUGUUAGGAAAAAGCUGUAAUUCAAUAUUUCAAUCGUACUGGAUAUUUUCAUUUUUGUGUUCUUAUAAAAUAUACAUAAUUGAUAAAAAUCUCUUCCCUAUGUGUCACAUUAUUUAUUUAAUUAUUUAAUAAAGGUAAGUCUUGUUUA